AUGGAUAAUGAACGUAGUGAUCCUCGACGUCACUAUAUUUUACGUGUUGCUUCGCAUAUUUUCGCAUUGAAUUUAUCAGAAAAUAAAAUUCCAAAUUUAAAUCCGAUAAAAAAUUUUUGUGAUACCAAUACACCAUUGCUAAUUAUUGCAAAAGAUGAACAGGAAAAUACAUUUAAUAUUACGAAUGAGAUGCGAAAUGAUUAUCAUUCGAAUUUAACGAGAGUAAUCUUUUACAAACUUGAACCAAUUGCUUUACCAUUGGAUAAUUAUAAAAGCAAAAUAUCGGUAUUAUCAUUACGUGGACGUCCAACGGAUGCAUUAAUUCAUUCAGUGAGAGAAAUAUUCAAACAAGCAGUUGAAAAUGAUUCCGAAGCAUCUACAAAUAGCCAUUUACGUACAAUUUUAAAUGAACUUGAAAUGUGCAUCGAACCAAAAAAUAACAGAGAUAAACGAACUAUACAUGAUGAGAUUAAUUAUUGGAAAGCUCGAAAGGACAAUGUUGCAUUGCAGUAUUCUCAAAUAUUUCAAAUUAUCGAUAUGAAACUUGAAAUGCUUAUAAAUUGUCGUAUAGAUGAAAUUUAUGAAAUUAUUGAUACUAUUGAAGACUGUUUAAAUCAACUUUGGAAUUGUGAACCAUCGUUUCCGCAAAAUCGUAUGGAAAAAAUUGUGGAAAGUAUCGGUUUAUUGAUUAUUAAUUCUGUAACAAACAAAAUUGAAAUGAAUGAUAUAUGGAAAAUUGACACAACUGAUACAAUGAUCGAUACAUUACAUGCAGUUAAUUCCAUUUGUGAACAAUGGAAAUUUGCAAUUGCAACACUUAUUGAACAAUGGAAGCAAAAUAUUGAUAAUCCAUGGAAGGGUGAUGAUAAAUCAAUGAUUUCAGUUUUUGAAAAUUUUCAAAAACAUAUUGAUAAGAUUUUAUCAUUGAAAUUAUUAAGCAAUCAAAUGGAUGAAUUAAUUGGUGAUAAAAAUGGACGAAAAGAAAUAGAACAAAUUAUUCGAAAUAUUUUUGGUACAAUGCCCAAAUUUGCCUAUGAUAUUUCAAUGCAACAAAAUUGGAAAAUUAAAUUAUUGGAAGCGGAACGAUCUAUUGAACCAAUUGUGGAUAGAGCAUUACCUGUUUUAAGGAAACGCUUACAAUUUAAUCAACUCACUGAUGAUGCUGCAAUUAGUAAUCUUAUCAAAUUUAAACAUUUUUUGAAUUGUUCAAGUAUCAAAGAAAAACUUUCCAAUGAAAGAGAAAUGUUACUUAGUCGUUUGGCAAAUACGGUUGAGGCGCAAAAACGUGAAAUAAUUGAACGAAUUGAAACCGAUAAUAUACCAAUUGGACAAUAUCUUACAAAAAUUGCUGCUAAACUUAUUUGGAUUCGACGAGAAAUUAAUAAAAUUGAAAAUAUCAAGAUUGUAUGUGACGAAUUGUUAAACGAUUUAACAACUUAUAAAACAGUCGAAGCGAAAAUUCGAGAUACAAUUAGUGAAAUGCAUUCGUUAGAAUCUGAUACUCUUACUAUUUGGUGCCAAGAAAUGAUCAAAACAGUUAGCAAUUCAACAAACUCAAUUGCACUUGAAACAAGUGGUAAAUUAAUGAGUAUCGAAAAGAAAGGUGGUAAUUUGACUGUCAAUUAUAGCGAUCGUUUAGUUCGACUUCUUAGAGAAGUACGUCAGCUAACAGGUCUUGGAUUUGUCAUACCGCGGAAAAUUAUUGAAUGUGCUAAUACCGGUGAACAAUUCUACAAAUAUGCUAUCGUUCUUAAACAGGUAGCACAUUUUUAUAACUCAGUGGAUCAACAAAUGCUUCCAUGCCAACAGGCAAUGAUGUUAGACGAAGCAUUAGCAUUCGAAAAAUUAAUACUAUCCGGUAAGAAAGGUGAAACAACAACAACAAAUACGGUUAGCUGGAAUAACCCAAAAAAUCUUCAAGAAUUUAUUGAAAAAUUACAAACAGCUGCUGAACGCUUAACUUUACAUAAUAGGCGAUUACGAAAAGCACAUCGUGAAAUUUGCGAGAAAAUAAAAGAACUGAUAAAUUUGGAUCUUCUCAAAGAGAUCAAUAAGUGGAAAGAUGUUAUGGGUGAGAUACGAAGUAAAAUAGCGGAACAGGAACGAAAUAUCAGUAAUCGAAGUAAUAUGAUACCAUGGUUAUCACAUUGGGAUCAUCAACUCUAUAAGGCAUUACAAUUGCAAUAUCAAUGGGGUUUCGAAAGUCUUCAUAUGCAAAUUCCAUUAAUCCAAGUUCAACUAAUAUUUAAGGAUCAACAACUUGAAUUACGACCACCAUUAGAAGAAAUUCGUGCAAAAUAUUAUCGAGAAUUACGAAAGUUUAUUAGCAUUCCACAGAAAUUUCGUGGUAUACAAGAGACUAAACAAGUUAACGAAUUGUUUGCGAAAAUAAUUGAACAUAACGCGAAUCGAUUUUGGAGUGUUUAUGAAAAAGCUGAACAACUAUUCGAGAAGCUUGUUAAUGUGGGAAGUGAAUUUGAGAGUUGGGUUGUACUGGGCCAAGUUGACCUGGAAAGCUUAAUUACAAAACAUUUCAAACAAGCUGCAGAUUGGGAAAAUCAGAUCAAGCUGCUGAAAGGUAAAGGAAGGGAUGCGGAAAAAUUGCCAAGUAAAGUAAGAUUGGAAUGUAUUCUUGUUUCAACAUCAGCUGUUAAAAUUGCCAUCGAUGAUAUGCUACAGCGUCUUUUCGACACGCUGAUAUGGACAUUAAGAUAUUCCAUCAAUAAUGAAAUCCACGAUGUCAAUCGUUUUUUAAAUCAAGCAAUCGAGGUACUCAGUUCUAGACCUCAAUCAGUUACUGAAAUUGCUGAAGCGAAUCAAAGGCAUAUCGAGUUUGGAAAAUCCAAUAAAGAGAUGAAGAGAACACUUGAUCUAAUUGAGGAAAAAAAUGUGCUGUUACGAUCAGUUGGUGGAAGUGGUGCUGAACAAUUACCAACCGUGUUAACAUUAUGGAAAAAAUUUGAACUAAUGUUAGAUAGCCAUCAGUUGAUGAUCAAGGAGCAGGUAGAGGUACUGAAAUCAAAUGUUGGUGCACAGCUCAAAUCAUUAAAUGAUGAAAUUGAAAAAUUAUUUGUUCGCUGGAACCAAUUCAAACCGAAAAAUGACCUUGUUGACGAUGACAGAAAUGUUGCACUUGGAGCAAUACAAUUCAUCAAGGAAAAACGUGAUGAAUUCAAUGAGUUGCAACAAAAACGAGAUGCUUUAUUGGCAGAAUGUGAACAGUUCGACGUUGAAAAAUCUGAAAUACCACUUUUUGAUGAAAUGGCAAGUGAUCUUAAAAACUAUGAAAAUAACUGGUUGUUAUAUGAAGAAUUUAAUGUUGGUUUGCAAGAGAUGGCAGAUGAAGAAUGGAUUUUGUUCAGAUCAAAAACCUAUCGUUUUGAUGAAUAUUUACAUGAAUGGGACAAUAAAUUGAAGAGUUUGCCGGCUACACAUAUUACCAUUCGUUUACGCAAAGAGAUUGAUCAAUUCAAGGAAAUGAGUGUCGGUUUGAAAUACUGUCGAGGUGAAAUUUUAAGUAGUGAUCAUUGGUUAAUGUUAUUUCGAAUGUUGGGUAUGCCAAAAGGUACAACGUUGGAACAUUUGCGCUUUGGUGAUUUUCUGAAUGUUCACAAAAUGAUCGGUGAAAAUUUGGAAGCAUUGAAAAAUUUGAAUGAACAGGCCCAAGGAGAAGUUACUAUUCGUGAAGCCAUUCAAGAGCUUGAACUUUGGGCCGAACAGGCAGAAUUCGUUCUAAUGGAUUACAAACACUCGAAUGGAACAGUGGUGAAAAUAAUAAAAGACUGGAAAGAUACACUAAAUUCGGUAAAAGAUAGUGAAGCGUUGCUACAAUCGCUGAAAAAUUCGUCGUAUUAUGCUCAAUUCACUGAUAAAACUUCAAUUUGGGAAACACGAUUAGCUGAUACUAAACAAUAUGUACAAUGGAUGAAUGAAAUACAGCGUAAAUGGGUUUAUUUGGAGCCAAUCUUUGGACGUGGGUCUCUUCCGUCUGAGGCAUCUCGUUUCAAUCGAGUUGAUGUCGAAUUUCGUAUCAUCUUAAAUGAUGUGGUCAAUGAUCCCCGUAUCGUUAGCUUGAGCGCACGAGGUUCUCUAAAGCGUACGCUAGAACAGAUCAUCGAUCAACUUAAUCGUUGUCAAAAAGCACUGAAUCAGUUCCUUGAAGAAAAGCGGAAUGCUUUCCCCAGAUUUUAUUUCUUGGGUGAUGACGAUUUGCUAGAAAUGUUAGGUCAAUUGAUGAAUGCAACAGCAAUCCAAACACAUCUCAAGAAACUUUUCCAAGGAAUCCAUAAAGUUGUGUUUGGUGUUAAUAGUGAAACGAUAAUUGCAAUGGUUUCAAGUGAUGGCGAAAUUGUCCAGCUAUCUAAACCAGUCAGAAUUGUCGCUGAGACGGAAAGAUGGUUACAAGAACUGUCUAGUGAAAUGAAGAAUACAAUCCGAAAACUAAUCGCAAGCUGUGUAGCUGAGACAUCUCCUGACCCUGGAAAAUAUCCGUCGCAGGUUCUAUGUUUAUCGGAACAAAUUCGUUUUUGUGAAGGAUGUGAGCGAAUUUUGACUGGCAGAGGUGAUUUGCCAAGUUAUCGGAAGCAGUUAAAACAAACAUUAACAAAUUACAUUAAUUCGGGAACAACAGACCAAGUUUUAAAGCUUAAAUUAAAAGCGCUUAUAAUGGAUGUGAUUCAUAAUAUAAGUAUCAUCGAUGAACUAAUCGACAAUUCACCCUGUUCUAAAUCAUCGUGGGUUUGGCAAAAGCAGCUACGAUUUUAUCUGGAAGCAAAGGAUCACGUAGUUAUACGGCAUAUCGGUACACAGUUCGACUACACUUACGAAUAUCAGGGUAAUGCGCCAAAAUUGGUUCACACCCCUCUCACUGAUAAGUGCUAUCUAACUCUUACACAAGCAAUGUCAAUGGGUCUUGGUGGCAAUCCUUAUGGUCCUGCAGGCACUGGAAAAACCGAAUCUGUCAAGGCACUAGCGAAUUUAUUUGGACGACAAAUUCUAGUAUUUAACUGCGACGAAGGAAUUGAUAUCUACUCAAUGAGUCGCAUUUUUAUUGGUUUAGUACAAUGUGGUGCUUGGGGCUGUUUUGAUGAGUUUAAUCGUUUAGAUCAGACAGUGCUUUCGGCUGUAUCAAUGCAAAUUCAGACCAUUCAAGAUGCAAUAAAAUCGCGAUCAGGAAAAUGUGUGUUAGCCGACCGGGACGUCCUUGUAGAUUUAAAUUCAGCAAUAUUUAUAACACUGAAUCCGGCAUGUAAAGGAUAUGGUGGACGACAAAAAUUGCCGGAUAAUCUUAAGCAGUUAUUUCGUCCGAUUAUUAUGUCUGUUCCGGAUAAUGAGCUUAUCGCAGAAAUACUUUUGAGCUCUGAAGGUUUUUCUCACGCAAAGAAAUUAUCACGGAAACUGGUAUCGAUCUUCAACUUGAGCAAGGAAAUGUUAAGCUCGCAGCAGCAUUAUGAUUGGGGCUUGAGAGCAUUAAAAACGGUAUUGCGCAGUUGCGGUAAUUUAUUGGCUAACAGAGUGGAUAAAAAUGAAGUUCAAGUGGUUGUUGAUGCGCUGACGUUGAACACAUUAUCAAUGCUUACCUUUGAAGAUUCUAAACGUUUUAUCACUCUUAUCGAUGAUGUAUUUUCAGAUGUUAAAAAAGAUACCAUGCAGAUUGAGGAAUUGCUAGAACCGCUGAAAUUGGUUGCUGGUGAAUUGAAGAUAACAGUUACUGAUAUGCAGCUGAAGAAGAUAUUUGAAUUAUACGAUCAAGUACGACAGAGAAUGGGUGUAAUAUUGUUAGGACCAAGUGGUUCGGGCAAAUCAACCAUAUGGAAAGUAUUGCAAAAAGCCAUGGCACUAGUAAAUAAGCCAGUAAAAAUUUACCAGAUCAAUCCGAAAUCAAUUUCAAAACAAAAACUUUUGGGAUACAUGGAUAUGGAUACACGUGAAUGGUCUGAUGGCGUGUUAACAGCUGCUGCUCGCGAAGUUGUCAAAGAUAGCAGUACAUCAGCGUGGAUUAUUUGUGACGGUGAUAUUGAUCCAGAAUGGAUUGAAGCACUCAAUUCAGUGCUUGAUGAUAAUCGUAUGCUUACAAUGCCAUCUGGUGAGAGAAUUCAGUUUGGAUUUAACGUCAAUUUCAUUUUUGAAACGGACAAUCUUAGUAACGCAUCUCCAGCAACAAUAUCUCGAAUGGGUAUAAUACUUAUCAGCGAGGAGGAUAUGGGUAUUCAGGAGCUCAUCAAUAAUUGGCUUAAAGAGUAUAAUGAUGGCCAUCCAGAUAUGUCCAAUUGGAUAUGCGAUCAUUUAUACAGGUGUCUGGAUUGGAUUUGGACGAAAGGAAUCACUGAAAUCAGUAUAAGUAAAACUGCUACAGUGAAAAAUGCAUUGAGUCACUUGAGGGAUGUGACAUCAUUUGACGAAUUUCUGGUAGCAUUAUACCGUGGAUUAGCUCCAAACCUUAGCCCAAAAUCCCGAAAUCAAUUCGCUAAUGAGGUUGUGUUCAAUGAGGUAAGCUUGCCAGAUAAGCGAAAUCCUGGAAAUGUUUAUUAUGAUAAGCAAACAAGAUCAUUGUUAACUUAUAUAGACGAAGUGAAUAUGGCAAAUAACAAUGACCAUUUAUUAAGUUUGGAACGCCAUCCAUACAUUUUAACUGCUAAUGCUCAAGCUAAUCGUGAUACUAUUCGCUCAUGGCUGGAUAACCGUAAUAGACAACCUUUCAUAAUAUGUGGUCCAGAUGGUUGUGGAAAAGAAAGCUUACUACGGCAUUGUUUAGAAUUGGAUCCAAAUAGUCAAAUAGCUACACUUCAUUGUAGUGCUCAAACAGGAUCUCAGCAAGUACUAGAUUUGUUGCACCAGUACUGUGUACAAAUUAGCAGUGCAUCUGGAAGAGUGCUUAAACCGAAAGAGAAGCAAAAUUUGGUCUUUUACAUAAAAGCAAUUAAUGUUGUAAAGCCGGACAAAUGGGGUACAUGUGAAAUAAUCGCUUUCUUACAACAGCUUCUCACAUAUAAGGGAUAUUAUAAUGAAAAGCUAGAAUGGAUCUCUCUGGAAAAUAUUCAAUUAGUAUUAUCGAUAACGUUGGCUAAUGAUGACGGUCAUUACCUGCUACCAUCACGUUUUGUUUCUUUGCUUAGAAUCUGUACAAUUGAAUACCCUACAAAGGAAGAACUUAUCACUAUUUACUCCUCAUAUCUGACAUUUUUAAUAAAGAAUUCAACCGAGCCAUUGGGACACCGAUUAAAUGACUUGGCAAGCAUCAUGGUCCAUCUGUAUAAUGACGUGCGAAACGCAUUCAAGCCAACUGACAACGCACAUUAUAUGUUUACAUUGACGGAUUUAUCGAAUUGGGUAUUUGCCCUUACAAGAUACGAUAUUACUGGUACCAAUGCUGGUGAAAAAUAUUUAUGUCCAAUGUUGUAUGAAUGUCGACGAAUUUUCAAGGAUCGCUUAGUAAAUAAUGAGCAUAAACAAAGAUUCGAAGGUAUUAUUAGCAAUAAUUUGUCAUCAGCUGCAAUAUGCAAUGAUGAAGAUAAUUUAUACGUAUCUCGAGGAGCUGUUUCAAUAACAAUGCUGAAAGGUGCUCCAUUGUCGGUGGUAUCACGCAAACAGUACGCCAAACUUUUGCAACAAGCAGUUAAUCGAUAUGAUAAGUUUCAUAUCACAUUUAUGUUAUCAUAAUUCGAAAUAGCAAAUUUCAAAAUGCCAAUUUUUGAUGAAUUUGUCAAGUUAUGCUCUCAGAUUGAUCGGGUGAUCACCGCACCAGGAGGUUCAUUACUGUUAGCUGGAAGAGCUGGUAUGGGAAGACGUGAAGCUGCAUCGCUUGUCGCCAACAUGCAUCAAAUGCCCGUGUUCUCGCCUAAGUUGACAUCGUCAUAUGGAGUCAAACAGUUCAGAAAUGAUUUAAAAACGGUCAUCCAGGAUGCAGCAAUAAAUGAUAAACAUGUCGUUUAUAUUGUUGAAGAUUAUCAGCUACUGCAUGACGCAUUUCUGCAAUCGAUAAAUUCACUGUUGUCUUCUGGUGAUUUUCCUGGGAUGUUUAGUGUCCAAGAAUUCGAUAGCUUGUUGAUAAGCUUACGUGAACAAGCUUCCCAAGAUGCAUUUCAAGGCGACUUGUAUUCUUAUUUUGUUAUGAAAGUAAAAGCAAACUUGCAUAUCAUUCUAAUUUUAAAUGUUGAUGAUGCAAAUUUCUCCGUAAUAUGCUCAUCAAAUCCGUCAUUAUACAAGGAAUGUUCGAUCAUUUGGAAUGAAACAUGGAAUAGGGAUGCUUUGUCACAGCUAUCGGAGUUAAUUUUAUCUCGGCAUAAUGUCAAAGCAUCAAAUGAUAUAGUAAUAGCUUUUGGGCAAAUCUAUCACCAGUGCCCACCCGAAAUAGCAUCACCAGCAAAGUAUAUCCGAUUCAUUGAAAACUAUGUUUCCAUUCUCAAUAAAAAAAGAACCGCUAUUGAGACACGAUCUAAUAGGCUAAAGGCCGGAAUUGGUAAACUGACGGAAGCGCGUGAAUCUGUUUCUAACAUGCAAAAAAAAGCCGCCACGAAAAGUAAAUUGUUGGCUGAAAAACAAACCGAUGCAGAUAUGGCACUGAAGGCAAUAUCACAAAGCAUGACGAGCACAAAUUGUCAGCGAUCAGAUAUGGAACAACUGAAAUUGGCAAUCGUGAAAGAAAAUGAAAGGAUUGAAAAGCAAAAAGGUUUAAUCGAUAACCAAUUACGCGAGGUGCAACCUGUGUUACGUGAAGCUCGUGAAGCAGUUGGUUCUAUUAAAUCGGAGAGCCUAUCUGAAAUUCGAAGUCUGCGUGCUCCACCGGAAGCAAUCCGAGAUAUUUUACAAGCUGUGUUGUUAUUUAUGGGUAUUUUUGACACAUCCUGGGAAGCGAUGAGAAAGUUCUUGGCAAGAAAUGGAGUUAAAGAUGAAAUAAUUAAUUUCGAUGCCCGGAGAAUUUCACCUGAUAUUAACAAAAGGGUUUCUGCUCUUGUAAAAAGCAAACAGUCAUCGUUUGAUCCAAAGAAUGCGAAACGAGCAUCAGCAGCAGCAGCACCCUUAGCUGCAUGGGUACGCGCAAAUUUGGAUUAUUCGACAAUUUUGGAACAUGUUGCUCCCUUGCAAAAAGAGAAAAAUGAUUUGGUUAAGAAUCUAAACGAAACCGAGAAGCAAAUGCAAAAAUUAUCGAAAGGUUUGGAAACGGUUGACGAACGAGUUACUGAGUUGAAGAAUAACUUUGAACUGCAUAUGAAAGAAGCAACACAAAUAAAGAUUGAUUUAGAUAAGCAACAGGAAACGAUUAAUGUUGCUGGAACUCUUAUAGAUAGACUUAGUGGCGAGUAUGGGAGAUGGCAAGAGCAAAUCGGCAAUUUGCAAAAUGAACUUGAUUGUCUAGAAAAGGGUUCCCUUCUGUCUGCUGCUUUUGUAACAUUUCUCGGUUCAGAAUCGGAACAAGUUCGAAAUGAAAUUUUGAGUAAAUGGCAAAAACUUCUCAAUUUGAAUGACUUCAAUAUACUUGAAUUCAAUGUUAUGGAGACCGAAAAGUUGAAUUGGAGUAACAAAGGACUUCCAACCGAUGCACUUUCACUGGAGAAUGCCAUGAUUUUAUUCAAUACCAUGGAUAUACCGCUAAUCAUCGAUCCGAGCGGGCGAGCAUCAUCAUUUCUUGAAAAACAUUUACAGGAUAAGCAAGUAGAAAAAGUGAAUGCCAAUGAUUCUAAUCUUCUUACACAGGUUGAACUUGCUGUUCGUUUUGGCAAAUUUUUGCUUAUUGAUGAUGCGAAUAGAGUUGAACCUAUGCUCAUGAAUCUUCUCCGGAAAGAGUUUUCGAGUCAAGGACCACGACGUAUUGUUCAAAUUGGUGAGAAAGCUGUUGAUUAUAAUGAUAAUUUUCGAUUAUAUAUCUGUUCCAAGAAUAAUUUAUUGCGAUUGGAUCAAACAUCCAAGGCAGCGGUCGCUUUAAUAUGUUUCAGUAUCACACAAACAGGGCUUGCAUCGCAAAUGCUCGGAUUGGCAAUACAAAUUGAAAAACCGACUUUGGAAACUCGUUUAAGUGAAUUGACCAGUAAUGUGGAACAAAUGAAACUUAAACUUGAUGGCAUUGAACAAUCACUUCUGCAAACAUUAGCUUCAUCCGAAGGAAGUCUACUGGAUAAUACUGAUUUGUUGGAUUCCUUAAAUAAAAGCAAAGAAAAUGCAGAAACGAUUGCAACAUCACUAACUGAAGCUCAUAAGUUGCAAAAACAACUUGUUAAGGAAAAAGAUGCAUAUCGACCGUUAGCAAAAGCCGCAAGUAAUUUAUACUUUAUUAUUCAUGAUCUGCACAAACAGGACCCUAUGUACAACUUUAACCUCAAUACUCUAAUAAACUUAUACAAGCGUACAUUCAGCAAAGUUAAGGAAAGUACGAAUACGGUGGAACGAAUGGAAAAACUACGGCGGAUACUCCAACAUACCGUUUAUGAAUAUGUAUCGCGCGCAGUUUUCAAAAAAGAUCGAAUGAUGUUUUCUAUGCGGUUUAUCCAUGGAAUACAACCAUCUCUCUUUGCGCAGAAUGAAUGGGAAUUAUUCACAGGUUUGAUUGUUAAUGAUGCUACAGUUCAUCCCAUGGAAAAGAUUGACUGGAUUGGUAGUGAACGAAAAGAAAAUGUUGCGAAAUUGCAGAAAUAUUUGCCGUCAUUAUUUAACAAUCUUCGUUUUACGGAUCAAGGACUAUGGAGUGAAUUUGCUCGCACGAUAAACUGCGAAACAGCAUUUCCACCUGCUAUAGAUGCAGUUAUAACACCAUUCCAAAAAUUAAUCGUUAUCCAGGCAAUUCGACCAGAGAGACUUUAUUCUACUGUAAUCAGCUUUGUUACUAGCGUAUUAGGAGCUUCUUCAAUCAAUCCGUCUCCACUGGAUCUGAGGUCAAUCUACGAGUCGGAAAGCAAUGAAAAUGAGCCGAUCAUGAUACUAAUUAGUCCUGGUGCAGAUCCUUCACAAGAACUGGAAGAAUUGGCUCGAAAGAAAAUAUCUAAAGCGAAAUUCCACCAAAUUUCGAUGGGCCAAGGACAGCGCCAAGCAGCUCUUGAAGCAAUUCGUAUAUGUGCUGCAAAUGGUGGUUGGGUGUGCUUAAAAAAUUUGCAUCUCGCCAUCAAUGAUUUAGCGGCAAUAGAGAAGGCAUGGAAUAAAAUUUCUGGUUUUGAAUUUUUGGCGUCGAAACGAAAUUCCAGUUUUCGGCUGUGGUUAACAUCCGAAUCAAACGAGCAUAUUCCACCUCAAAUACUGCAAACUUCACUGAAAAUUGUUUACGAAGCACCACCUGGCAUCAAGAAUAAUAUGAAAAGGAUUUAUGCCCAGUGGCAACAAUCUGAGCUUAAUUUUAGCGCCGUUUGUUUGCAAAGCUUAUUCAUGUUAGCUUGGUUACACGCACUUCUACAAGAGCGACGUAUGUUCAUACCUGAGGCUUGGUCGAAGUUUUAUGAAUUUAGUAACAGUGAUUUGCGAGUAGCCAAGAAGUUUGUUGAAGACGUUACAAAAGAUGGUAAAGCUACUGAUUGGCAGUUAUUACGUGGCCUUAUGCAAAUUGUAGCAUAUGGUGGACGUAUUGACAAUGAUUUUGAUAUGAACGUCUUAAUUGUUUAUUUGAAACGGUAUUUUAAUUCAUCUGUUAUUGGCAUGAAUGGUCCUGAAAUUGCGCACAAUAUUUCUGUCCCAUUUUCGAGCAAUAUCACGGAUUAUAUUAAUAUCAUCAAUACAAAUAUACCUGAAGAAGACAAUCUGGUUUUGUUUGGUUUGCCCUCAAAUACAAGUGCCGCACGUGAAAUGGCGGAAACGGAUAAAAUGAUUCGGCAAAUACGUAGCAUGCAAAUUGUUGCUGCCACCGAAAUUACAUUUGACAGGAAUGCAUGGAAUGAUGCUCUAAAUCCAAUUUUAUCACUUUGGAAACGACUCAAUUCCCAAUCAACAUUACACUCCAUGAAUGUACCAUUGGCACGGCAUACUGAUGAUCUCAUCUUAGAAAUUAUUUCUCUGGAAUAUAUUCAUGCAAUAACAUUGGUUCAAAAAGUGCAUAAAUUCCUUGGUGCAAUGCGUAAAUGCUUACAUGGUAUCCAAUUGCCCACAUCACAAUUUGCUAAUAGUGCGCAGGCAUUAAUGAUGCAUCAAACACCGGAAGCAUGGCAGGAAGCAUGGAGAGGUCCAUCGGAUCCAGCUCAAUACCUGUCGGUUUUAGUACAUAAAGCUAAAUCAAUAGAAGAAUUAUCACGGAUCAAUGAUAGUCAUAAAAUAUUGGCUAAUCCAAUCAGACUUGGCAGUAUUUUUCGACCUACCGCAUUUUUCAAUGCCUUACGGCAACUAACCGCAAGAAAAAAACAUAUGUCUAUGGAUGAACUGAAAUUGGGGACCGCAUGGAAUGCUGCACUUCUGAAAAAUGAAGAUGUAAUGGAAUUGUCCGGAAUUUAUAUUCAAGGAGCUUUAUUUGAAGAACACAUCAUUGAAACAAAACAAACAUCGCCCACUGUUGCAACGGCUCCGAAUCUAUAUAUUGCUUGGAUAUCUGCUGGUGCUCCUGAUGUGUAUGAAAAAGGUAAAUCAAUAUUUGUACCACUUUAUGCAACACCUGAACGGAAUCAGCUAGUUGCCGAAAUUCAGAUGCCGUGUAUCGGAAAUUCGGACAGAUGGAUUAUUGCUUCAGUUGCAUUGUUUUUAUCAAAUUAG